AUGGAUGAGGAAGAUGUUAAGGAAGAAGGAGAAGAAAUUAAGGAAGGAGAAGAAGUUAGGGAAAGAGAAGAAGUUUGGGAAGGAGAAGAAGUUUUGGAUGGGAAGAAGUUAAGUAUAAAGAACAAAGAGAUUAUAGUUAACGAUGGAGAAGAAGUUAAGGAAGCAGAAGAAGUUAAGGAGGAUGGAGAAGAAGUUAGGGAAGGAGAAAAAGUUAAGAAUGAAGAACAAGUUAGGGAAGGAGAAGAAGUUAAGGAUGGAGAAAUAGUUUGGGAUGGGGAAGAAGUGAAGGAAGGAGAAGAAGUUAAGGAAGAAGAAAAAGUUUUGGAUGGAGAAGAAGUUAAGGAGGGAGAAAUGAUUAUAGAUGGAGAAGAAGUUAAGGAAGGAUAA